UUGACGACUUAAAAAUACGUUUUUUGUUUGUUUGUUUGUUUGUUUUUAGAUGCAAAUUUAAUAGGAGAGUUAUAAUUUUUGUUAACUGCAGAUCUUGGCUCAAGUUGUCGAACUAUACACAAAAAGGCAACAGUAAAAAAGUAGUCUAAAUAAUAUGUAACAUCCUUAUAUUACAUUUUUAGAUAUUCAUAUUCAGACUUAAGUAAACGAGAACGAUUAAAGAUUAUUUUCGUUUGAAACAAACACCGAUGCUUUGUUGAAGCACCACUGGUUUAACGUAUACUAAUAAGAUGAAAAAUAAGAGAGUCGAGGAGAUGUAGAGAAGAGCUGAGCAGACAAUGUUCAAUAGAAACCGAUUCCCAUUAGCUGAUGGCUUGAGGGUGAGAGAGUGGCUCCGUCGGAUGAGAUGGCAGAACUGGUGGCCGACUGGAAACUCAGUCCUGUGCUCGGAUCAUUUUGAGAAGGACUGCUUUGAACAAGUGGGCAGCCACAAACGACUGCGAAAAAAUGCUGUCCCGACUAUCUUUAAUUUCCCUAAACAUCUUCAGUGGAAGGUGCCAGCUGUCAAGAGACGAUCUCUGAAUCGUAAGCCAGUUGAAGUGCCUAUCAAACCAAAACCAACCCCAGCGUCAGCGCCAGUAACGCCACGGCCUCAGGGAAAGUUUGUUCGUGUGUCUGUGGAUUCGGAUGGCUCCAGCCAAGGCCCCUUUCAUGCUGGCAGCUUCCACGAUGACUACUGCAAACCACAGAGCUUUCACUGGAUGAAGCUGUCGGAGGGUGACGAUGAUGAUGAUGAGGAGGAGGAUGAGGAGGAUGAUGACACUAGUGAUCCUGGAAAUGAUGUCGCCUAUGACGAUGCACCUCUUGAUACACCUGAAAAUCCAAACACACAGUUUAUCAGGGUGACAGAGAGAUGGCAGUGGCUGAGUAUAGAUGUAACAGGGCCAUUUCAAGAAAGCAAAGGCCCCUAUAGCCACAUUGUGGUCAUCUGUGACUAUUACACAAAGUGGAUUGAAAUCUUUCCAUCGGAAAAGCCUAAUUCUGACUCCAUUGCCCUGCUUAUGUGUGAUGCCAUUUCCCGAUAUGGUUUUCCUCUGGGAUUUCUCACACCUUGGGGGGCCAGAGGGAUUCAGGUCAGAACGGUUAACAGAGCACUCAAUAAUAUUCUGAUGAUAAAGGAUCUUUCCCUUGUCUCUCGGCAUCACCAGGCUUCACAGCUUGAGCCUCACACACAGUACCAUAUUGUCAAUAUGGUAGAAAAUCUGGUCAAGAAGCAUCCAGACAGUUGGCAUGUUCAUUUGCCUGUCAGCGUGCUGCGCUUCAACUGCAGUGUGCACCCAGAAACCAAACACAGACCUCUGUCCCUUCAUCGCAGUGCGGGAACUAGACCUUAUACAUCACCUAGAGAUCAGCCACUCAGUGAGGAUGACCUUGCAAAGUACACCUUCAGAAUACAGAAACCAAACCCUUUAAAAGAAAUCGAGGCACUAAAACAAAUAUUCCGAGAAUCAGCGGACUGCAUUGUCGUUUCAUAAGGCAAAAAAUUAUGUGCCUGAAUAUUGUAACAGGUGUGUGACUUCAGACUGAAGGUCCAGUGAGGAAGAAGUGAAGAACACAUGGAUGAAGGGAUGGAAAAUAAUGACCUGUUAAAGUCCAUUCAGACCCAGACUGAGGCGUUAUUUAUUUGUGAUUUUUUUUCAUAUUGAAAUGUUACGCAGCAUUGUGAAUAAAUACCAUUAAAGGUAUUUAAGUGAAUAGUAUUAACUGUAAAAUAAACUGCUGGGAAAAGACAGCUUCAUUUGGUCAUUUGUAGUGUUAGUAAAUCAACUAUCAAACGUAAUAUUAAUGCCAUUACAAACUGAUGAUACCACAAAUAUUCCUGUGAGUUGCAGGCAAUCCUAAAGGAUAUUGUGGGGGCCUGAAAUGAAGUGUGCAUGACACAUCUUUUUUUUAAUAAACAAACCUUUUUAUCC